AUUGGAGAAUGUACUUCGCUGCAUUAAAUUUUAGGUUAUAACUACGUAAAAACUAAUAACUUUUAUUUUUUUGUUAGUUACGUUGUUUUUAUAGUAAUUGUUUAAAACCAAAUGAAUUAUUCGUCUGAAAAUUGUUUUAUACUAUUUAUUUACCGUUUGAACAUGGAAAUAGAAUAACUGCAAAAAUAAUGUUACCUUUAUUCAGUCAUGUCCUCGAGCUCCUGCUGAUGAGCUGAAUUCACUUAUGAUGGAACAAAACCUCACAUCUGUUCAAUUACUAUAUAUCAUUUUACCAAUUUUCAACAAGAAUAUUUAAAAUGUAAAUAAAUAUCGAACCAUGUCCAUUCAAAUUUACAUCAUAGAACUUAUCGUUAACCAAAAAUACCUAUAUCAUAGUGCCCUCUAGUGAUUUUCAUAAAGUCUACUAGUAGUUAUAGUGUUUAUUAAAAUGGUUAAGACAGCAAUAGCAGAUGAAAGCUAUCUUACAUAUUUAAAAAGUUUAUGUAAGCCAGAUACUUGCACUGUGGGUUUAAUUUUGGGUCAGCCUAGCACAGGCAAAGAUUUUAUAAUACAUUUAGCUAGAACUCCCCUAGGGCAGUGUGAUACUGCUGCCAAGAAGUCAAUUACACCAGUAAAACCUGUAAAGCACAUUAAUGAAGUGUCAGAAUCUGUUGUAGCGGAUCAUGCAAAACAUGCUACUAGAAUGUUGCCUGGAGGCAUGUUUGUUCUUGGAAUAUUUGUCGUUUCAGAAGAAGACAUAUUUUCACCAGUUGAUAGUAAAUUAGUAGCUAUACUUAACCAAAUCAGCAAACAACUGUCGAUGAAUUCAUUUGUAUAUGGAAAUCCAAGUAAUUGUGAAAAAUUAGUGCUUAAUUUGUGUACCACAACUCAGACAUACACUUGUAAAAGUUAUGAAUCUUCCACUUUUAAACCGGCCGAGAUUAAGUUUCAGCCAAAGAUUGCGACAAAAUGGUUACAACUAGAAUGUAAAUAUGAACUUGAUCAAGUGUUUACUAUUCUGGAAAAAGACAUUGGAUGGCCAUUGAGGAGAUAUAUGACUAACAUAUUAGAAUCCAUUAAUAAAAACCUUCAUAAUGCUGUAUUUAUAAUUGAUGGGGAAAUAAAAGAUAAUGAUGAAUAUUUGGAGUCAGUGGGUAAGAAACGGAAGCUGGCAAGAUCUAAAACUGGUUAUCAUGAAAAUACCGAUUCUAAAGCCCUCUCAGUUACAAUUCUGUCACCUUGUAAAGCACCUGAUUCCAACACAGAUCCUGAAAUUACUGAUUGUGGCAGUAAAAUAAGACUGACUGGACAUGUAGCUAGUAAAGUGUGGCUGCAUCCUAAAGCAACAAUAGGAACUGCAUCAGAAGCAAUUGUGCAGGAUAUUGUUCGCAGUUUGGCAGCUAGACUGGAAAUGCAUUGGGAUUCGUUAAUAGAAGAAGAACAUGGUUCCCCUGAAGACACCAACAGUAUCCACGAGCCUCCUAGAAGAGUCUUGGUAACAUUGCCAUCUAGUAAAAUAACACUUUCUGAUUAUCUAUUUCCUGGAGAAGGCCCUCAGGAGUCGCAAAUAUCACUACAGGAACUCUUGGACAUCACGUUAACUGCAGAUAGUGAAAUAAAAGACAUUGAAGGACAAGCUGAUUUGAAUGAAAUGUACAUGGAAGAGGUGGAAAGUGCAGAUGAUGUGUUACCCAAAUUGCCCACAGAUACCAAUAAGUUUAUGUAUAUAGUUGGCUUAGGUGUUGCGUUUUUAGUGCUGAUCAUUUCACUUAUGGUUCAUUAUUUUAGGAGCAAUUCAUAGGGAUUUUUGUCGAUUUUAUUUUAUCAAACGAAUAUUUUAAGAUGUACACAUUUAAUUGAAGAUUUAUGGAUUAUUGCAUUUAUAUAUUUUGUAUGAGUAAAUAAAUUUUAUUAUGAUGUAGU